UUCUGGCUCGAAUGGGGAAUUCUACCUCGAUUCCGGCGGAAUUUUUCGCUUUUCCAGCAUCGGGAAGCGGAUUCCGCCUCGAUUACUUUUGAUUUUUACGAUUCGUACCGCGUUUUGUCGCUUCACGCAUUAAUAGGAACGUGGGAAAUUAAAGGGGGACGGGACGAAGAUUCCAGAGUUCGGAACGAUCGUCCGUUUGAUUCCAUCCUCUGGGUAAUUUGGAGGGUGAACGAAGAGACGAAGGCGAAAGGUGGCGAACGUUCGGAACUGAAAUUCGAUUGGAAUGUCUCCCCCGCGAAUCGAGCCUCCUCUUCGCGCGCGAAGAAGCGGCGGACGCGACUUUCCCGAAAGAGGGUCGCGGACCCGGAGGCCGACGAAUGUGGAACGCGCUCUAAAUAUAGAACGGGACGGUUUAAGAACCUCGGGUGAAGUCUCGCGGAAUCUCGCGGAGAACGAGACGGGGCGGAGAAAAACGUGGUCCGGACGGAUGGCAACGCGGACGAUUCAGAGUAGCUGGGAUGGCUGCAGGGAUCGGGUCGCGCCUGACAGGCGCAGCGCGCGGGCUGCUGCGCGGACUACCCGGCUCCGAAGUCCCCCCUCGGCCGGCUCCGUGGAUGCGACGCGCGUCUUUUCACACUCAGGAAGACGGAAUCAAUCGGCAGAGACGGCGGACGGAUACGGGACCCAGCGUGUCUGUCAGGAGAAGAUUGAGCGCUUCAACGCGCAGAUGGCAAUCCCCCGUCAUCCAACUUCCCGGAACUCUGGCAGAUCCUCCCGUGGAACCCUUCAAACUUGUUGAAGACGAACUGCACUCGCUCUACGCGGACAUCAGAACGGAACUAUGGACGAACAGGCCGGAAUUGGAUCAGAUUUCCAGAUACUAUUUCGACGGCCGUGGAAAAGCAUUCCGACCGAUAGUGGUCAUGCUUGUGGCAAGAGUAUUAAAUUUCCACAUGUUUCAUUCCAAUAUAUUAUUAGACAGUCAACGUAAGGUUGCUAUGAUAGCAGAAAUGAUACACAUUGCCAGUUUAGUCCACGACGAUGUGAUCGACACGUCGGACACCCGAAGAGGAAAACCGAGUGUGAAUCUUUUGUGGGGGCAGAAAAAGGCUAUUUUGACUGGAGAUUUUAUUUUAGCUCAAACAGCCAGACUUCUCGCUAGAAUAGGAAGUGAAGAUGUAAUUAUGUUUUUAGCUCAGGUAUUGCAUGAUCUUAUACAAGGUGAAUUUAUGCAAUUAGGUUCUAAGGAAGAUGAGACUGAAAGAUUUUCUCAUUAUCUCCAAAAGACCUUCAAAAAAACUGCCAGCUUAAUAGCUUAUACAUGUAAAUCGGUUGCUCUUUUAGGAGGUGCUGAUCAACAGUUACAAGAAGCUGCAUUUCAGUAUGGAAGGAACAUGGGAAUUGCAUUUCAGUUGGUAGACGACAUGCUGGACUUUAUUUCAAGCCAGGCCGAGAUGGGAAAGCCGGCAGCCACAGACUUGAGAUUAGGUUUGGCCACGGCACCCGUGCUCUUUGCGUGCGAAAAGUUUCCAGAAUUAAACCCAAUGAUUAUGAGAAGGUUUUCUGAAAGAAGGGAUGUUGAACGGGCCUACGAAGCUGUACUUAAGAGUGACGGCCUGGAACACACCAGAAUGCUGGCCAAGAAGCAUUGCGACGAAGCCCUGAAACAUAUAUCGGUAUUGAGCGAGUGUCCAGAGAAACGGGCCCUACUGACGGUGGCCGAAAAAGUACUGUAUCGGACCAAGUGACCGAAAUGUGCGCGCACACGGUAUGGAUCUUUCAUGUCACAACCGCCAUUCCGCUAAAGACGUCUACUAAACAUUCCGAUAAGAUGCGUCCAUUUUUGUACAUUUUAUCCAUUUUAUGAACAUAUAUAUAUAUAUAUAUUUUACCAGUGCGAUUUAAAUUAAGAUUAUUUUCUUAUACGAAAUAGUCGAAUCUCCCUUUCUUGUACAUGAUUAUCGUUUUCUUUAAUAUUACAUCUUGAGCAUUCUGGCGAGCUCGGUACGAAAAAGGUUACAGAUCGGAAUAAUUCAUUAACGAAUUAACACUCGUUCCAAAAAAAAAAUCAAUUACUAAUUAAUGUAACCAUCAUUAAAAACCGAACGACCUUCGUCACUUCUCGUUCUCCCAGCUGAAAGAAAAUAGGAAAAAAAGAAAUGUGGGAUCGGCAAUUACACCACUCGCCAUCGGCUUCUUCUACUUUCCACAAAUAAAUAAAAUAAAUGGAAGAACGAGGACGAGCGCCAUCGCCCCUACCGAUGGCUGCCGGAAAGAGUACUCAGGAAGUUUAACCAAAUCAUUUAUUUUGUAUACAUUUUGGAAUAAAAUCUGAAAGUAUUUUUGUAAAAUUAGAUGCGGUUGGUCUCUCUCCUGUCAGAUUUUCUGCAUUCUCGGGGUAAUUUCGUUGGAUGAAGGCCGGUUCGUACUUGGCCAGAAUGGAAAAGGAGAGAUAAAAACGACAUUAAAUCGACUUGAUGCAUUGUUUCUGACACUCCCUUUCUCUUUUAGUUCGUGGGGAGUAGAAGAAAGUUCUACUUUGUUUUGUGUCCGUCUAUUGAGUAAUCCCCUCGCAAUUCGUGCCCCAAUAUACAGGU